CAAUGGAGGAAGCAGUCGCUGCAAAUGAAGAGGCGAUUUUAGAGCGACGUCACGAGAUCCGCACGAGUCUGAGAGCUGUAGAGAACUCUCUGAGAGAAGCUGGAGCUGUCACGAAUGGCUACAAUAGUGCGUACUGGUUGGAGUCGACCAAUGUCCACUGGGAUGGACUCUCGAGUUCGCUCUUCCUUCGACAGGUUGAGCACGUUUCUAAAGCAACUCUGGCUCGUUAUGCAUCCCAUCGCUUUAAUUUCGAUGCUCCUGACCCAGUCCGGUAUCAUUGGAGACUGACACCGUUGGGUAAGGCCAAAUGUCGACGGAUUUGGAGUCUUUUUGACGCAGAUAGGGACGAUAAAUGGACUCACGAAGAGUUCCGCGAAUACAUGGUAGGCUUAAAGUGUUCGACGGAUUCUGUGGAGUUGAGAGCAUUUGAGGGCAGUCCAGAGAUCUGGAGGAUGUAUACGAGUGAUAUGUGCGAGCUGGAUGAGGAAGGAAAACUCACGUUCGAAGGGUUUAAAAUGUAUCGAGAGUUGGUAGAAGAGGACCAGCCAUUGCAACGAGAUCUGGCAAGUUUGGGGAUUUCACUGCAGUGGGAGGAAGUAGAGAAAGUGACAAUGAUUAAGCGGCUUUUUGACGAGUAUGUUGAUGAUCCAAUGGGUACUGUCACUGCUAAAGCCGCGCAGUAUCUAUUGGCGGAGACGGGGAUUCUACUGACAAGCGAAGAGACGAUAGAAAUCAUUGAAAGGAGAUAUCAACAUGCACGAUGUCAGCGUUUUAUUCAUCAGUUAAAGCGUACAUUAAGAUUGUUUGGAUAUCGACAGCAGUCAGCACUCCGAUUUACGAACGAAGGUCUCCCUAAUAAGACUGGAAAUAAUGAAGAGCAGCCUCGAAUCUGCCAAGUCGGACUGCUGAGUCUCGUUUUCUCAUCGUGGUCUCCAGCGCUGAAGACACUCUGGCGUCAAUUCUUCUUGCAAUGCAGGCUGCAGUCCUUCUGUGCGUUGAGACGACUCAAGCGACGAGUUUACUGGGCUCUCACGUGUGUGCGCCAAGUAGCAUCGACUGGGAUGUUAUCAGCAAGUUGUCUGCUAUCGCGUACUCCUGGUAGCGACCGCGGUGACUACAUGUUAAAAAUGGAUAUUGGACCAAAGUUUGCCACAACUUCGACCAUUCAUAUCACGUACAACUCAGACGCCGAUUCUGCCGCUACGCUUCAUGAGCUUAAAUACCUCGAACGUGGAGCUGAGUGUUUCCUAUACAUUGAUUUAGCUUGUCGGAGCGGCACGAAAGAAAACGAUUCGCAUCUCCUGGUUGACCGGAUAACUUGGUUUAUUGGAGAAUAUUUCCGAGAUCAUAUCGAAUCUCUCCCAUUCUUUCAUCGCUGGUUUGUCUCGCUACCAUCAAAGCAGCAGCUACGCAUGGGGCCAACAAAUACCAGUGCUAGUGGGUCGCCGUCCGUGGUGAUUCGACUGGUAAUUUUGUUUACAGGCAAGAUGGAUCUGUACCAUGUGAUGCAGUCGCUCGGCCUGCCUUCGUCAAUGCAGUUUGACCACCUCCUUCAGCGGUUUUCGCUACGUUUUCUGUGUAGCCACUCAUUGGAGGAUAUACUGGUUACGAAGAACUUCAAUAUCGGAGCUCAAUGGUCUUGUCGAGCUCAAAUGGACGUACGGCUGAGCCGGCAGGCUUGGGCUCAGAUUAUCUCACAAGUAGCGUAUCACCUCGAAGCCGAGCUGGCUCAUGAGCUCGAGGACGCUGAGUAUAUUGCACAAAUGAAUGCUGAACGAGAGCAGAAGAAGGAUAAAUCGUUAAUGCCGAACCAGCGAUCAUCGGCACCAAAUCGAGAUGACCGUGAAGUGAGAAAUCCUCAAAAUCCGGUGUUUGCAGAGAUUAAAACUGAAAGCCGCCAGCAUAUGCUGAUCAAAUCGCUUCGGCGUGUUGCUAAUGCACUUCAACACUCACAGCAGUUGAGCUCAUUGUGGUCUUUUACCAAUCUAGGCUCUGCACUUCGAGAGAAUCCAUGGUUUCGUAGUGUACUCUCACCUGAAUGGUUUAAGCUACUCAAGCAUGUGUUUGAUACUCCCGGUGGCUUAGCUGAAGAGUGGAAAGCUAAAGGAGACUCGUUACGUGCCGAGUUUGAUGAUUCUAGCUACGUUAGAGCUGGAACGCGAACAGCACAUGGACACCACCCAACGUCACGAGCAGCUGAAACAACGAAAUCGUCCGAGCCAAAGCUGCACAAUGGUUUUCAACAGGAAAUGAAGAUGGCAACUCACCAUGGCCACGAAGCGAACCAGCAAGGUACCAACGCAACAGAAUCGACCGAAGAAAAGAGCGAAGAACAUUUAUUGCUGGAGUUUUACGACAUGUGCGCUCGACAUUUACAAGGAGUUCACAUUGUGCAUGCUGAGGCUGGUACAAGUGGAGUCACGUGUAUUCUGGAAGGUUGGAACAUUUUCGGCUUACUACCGAGAAUUCAUCAGGGACAUUUAGCUAAGAGGGUUUCGCUAACUCGAUCCGGUACGUUUUCCUCCCGGCAACCUCAUUCUAGGUGAGGUAUCAAAAACUCUAGUGCCGUGCAAAUAAAUACAUGUAGUACUACUACUAGCACUUGUAGUGGUAGGGGGGAACUUCAGAUGGCCAGUGCAAGAUGUACCGUGUCUGAGGAGCGAUGUGAAUUCGCAUACGCAUAGUUGGUUCUACCUUGCUUUAAGCAGACCACUAACUGUGGGAUUUCGUUUAAACAUCCAUACACACAAUAUGCAAGCAGCGGAAAAGCUCAGGUUUUUGUCUCAAGAGAACUAUCCUCCCCAUGGGUCGUUGGUGCUGCCCCUGGAAAAAUAAUGCAAAAACCAAGGG